AUGGAAAUACGACAACUGUCCCGAGCCAUCAAGGCGACCUCUUCGCUGAGCGUGCGCCGCCCUGCCACCACUUCCUACUCCCGCUGCCUCCACACGACAUCCACCCGCGAAGCCACGCCCCUUCCUCAUCCCACCGUCGUCGCGCCACCUCCAUCAGCACCCUUAGCCUCCGUCACCUUUCCCCAAAACCGCGUAGCCCGCAAACGAGAGCAAGCGGAAAGGUUACAACAAGGCCAACAAGCCAAGAUCAACCCAGCAAAGCCGACGACAGCACUGCAAAAGAGAUUCUGGAAGAACGUCAGUGUGAAGGAAGAUGAACAAGGUCUCCAUGUCCUACUCGAUACGAGACCGGUCCGAACGGCGUCGAAACAGCCAUUGCUGCUACCGCAUAGUAAACGUGCUUUGGCGACGGCGAUAGCGGUGGAAUGGGAUCAGCUGGUUUCGGCUCAACAGGCGUUGAAGAAUCAUUACAUUCCACUCACCUCCAUGAUCUCCCGCGUACUCGAUAUAGAAGCGGCAGAUGCGAAAGACGACACGACCAUUCGCCAAGCAAUCGUAACGAUGGUGAUGAGGUAUUUAGGAACUGACACCCUUCUCUGCUGGGCGCCAGAAAACAAUGACUACGAUCGCGCACAGGAAGGCAAGACACCAUUGCGACAGAAGCAGAGGACUGUAGCGGAACCCAUAAUCGCGUUCUUGAAGACGCACGUCUUCCCUGGUGUGGACAUCUUGCCUAUACUGGGCGAGGACAGUAUCAUGCCUACGCCUCAGCCGCAAGUUACUCGGGAAGUCAUUAAGGGGUGGGUCAGUGGGCUGCCGGCUUUUGAGCUUGCGGCUCUGGAACGGGGCGUCCUUGCCACCAAAUCUUUACUUCUGGCGGUCAGGCUGUUGGUGGACUGGAGUCCUGAAUUCGCGCAUAUACGCAAAGAUGCUUCAAAGCAUGAACGCUUUGGAGUGGCAGAGGCGGCGCAUGCGGCUACGUUGGAGGUCAUGCAUCAGACUGAUAUGUGGGGAGAGGUGGAGGAUACGCAUGAUGUUGAGCGGGAGGAUUUGAGACGGCAAUUGGGGAGUGUGGUUUUGCUUACCUCUGUAUACUUGAGUGCAUUCCGCGCCGCCCUCCAGGCCGCUGUUAGAGACAGCUCGGGGUGCCUUCAUGUCAUGGUGUACACCAUCCUCGAUAGCCUAACAUUGGUCGGCUCCGAUGUCCAUCCGAACUUCACCCAGAAGACCCCGCACCAUUCUCCUUCAAGACCGGAGUAA